CCUGCCGACUUUAAUUAAUUACGCACCGACUCAUCCAUAAAGUUCGCGGGAAAUCCCCCUCUCUCUCUCUCUCUCUCUCUCUCAAUCGCCAUGAGUUCGAGACUCCGGGGUUUCGAACCCACUGACUCUCACCCUAACCCUAAAUUUGGGGACAACAAGGGGAAAGGAGUGAUCGAUCUGGGAAACGGGAGCGAGGUGAUCCACAUCCCUCGGUUCGUGCCCUGGGAUCAGGCGUGGGAGUGGUACGAGUACCUCGACAAGGAGAUCCCGUGGACGAGGCCUAUGAUCCACGUCUUUGGGAGAUCUUGCGUCCAGCCUAGAGAUACUUGCUAUAUUGCAAGCGAAGGGCUACCGGAUUUGAAAUACAGUGGUUACCAACCAUAUGCCCAUUCUUGGGAUGAUUAUCCGCUGCUUAAAGACAUUUUAAAGGCCGUUCAUGAGGCACUUCCAGGAAGCUAUUUUAACAGUUUAGUUCUGAAUCGAUACAAGGGCGGCUCAGACUAUGUGUCAUGGCAUUCUGACGACGAGCCGCUCUAUGGACCAACUCCAGAAAUAGCAUCAGUUACCCUCGGUUGUGAACGCGAGUUUCUAUUACGAAGGAAACCUUUCAAAAGACAAGCUACUAGAGCCUCAGGACAAUCUCUCGGAAAGCGAUCCAGGGAAAGCCUACAGGAUCAGCAUUCCUUUGUGCUGAAGCACGGUUCUUUGCUGGUAAUGAGGGGCUACACCCAAAGGGAUUGGCAUCACUCGGUGCCCAAGCGUGCGAAAGCCGAGUCGGUUAGGAUCAAUCUCACGUUCAGGCGUGUACUGGUCUAGGACCCGCCAAAGCCUGCAGCCAGAACGAAGGUUUUAGUAAAGACGGUAUAUUUUUGACCCCUCCCUCUGAAAAUUGCAUAUCUAAGUAUGGUACUAAUUUUUUUGUCCUUAGAUUUCCGGUUAGCUAUUACUAUUCCGAGUUCGGGGUUUAAUGCUUGUGUAAGGUACAUGAUGUUUUGUGUGGUAGAUAACAAUAUUUGGGUUGAAAAGAAAUUUUCUUCUUUUUUUCUUCUUUUCCGUUGGAGGGCAAUUUUUUUGACAGUUGAUAGCAGUGUGCAAUAGGUAAUGGUGUUUUUGUUUUUUCC